AGCUGACGGACGGACGGACGGACAGCGCGUCCCGCCGGCCCCGUCCUCCCGGGCCGUAUCCUCCCGCUGCCCGCCUCUCCAUUGUUCCCGGUGUAAGAUAGGUGAAGCGUGCCGACCUGCGAACAGUCAUUUCGUUUGGUUUUAUUUCUGCAUAACCUUCUCAGAGUCUCCUCUCAGCUGCUCGGAGGAAGCUUUUGCACGGCACCUCUUUUCCCCAGCGUCGGGAGCUGCUAACAAGUGCCAGGCUGGAAGUGGCUUGGGAGAGCAGGGGGGACCAGUAGGAGUUGAAGAGAAAUUAGUUGGGCUUCAAACACUUUCACUCAUCAACAUCAUUCCUCCCCCGAUUCCUGCCAAACCUCAGCUGGGGUAAUUGCACUUAAGAAUGAACAUUGAAGACAAGCUGGGAGGAUUAUUUCUUAAAUGUGGUGGCAUAGACCAGAUGCAGUCAUCCAGGGCUAUGGUAGGGAUGGGUGCAGUAUCUGACCAGUCUGGAGUAUCGAGAGAACGGCAAGAGGCGGUGCUUCAAGAUCGGACUAUGCCGCACCAAGAAAUUCUUGCAACAGAUGAAGUGUUACAGGAAAGUGAACUUCGACAGCAAGAGAUGAUUUCACAUGAUGAACUCAUGGUCCAUGAGGAGACGGUAAAAAAUGAUGAUGAAAUGGAUGCACAAGAUAGACUUCCUCAAGGGCUGCAGUAUGCUGUUAAUGUCCCUAUCAGUGUAAAGCAAGAAAUUACCUUUACUGAUGCAUCUGAACAACAGAAACGAGACAAAAAACAAAUACGAGAGCCAGUAGAUUUGCAGAAAAAGAAGAAAAGAAAACAGCGUUCACCAGCAAAAAUCCUUACAAUAAAUGAGGAUGGAUCACUUGGUCUGAAAACCCACAAAUCUCAUGUUUGUGAGCAUUGCAAUGCUGCCUUUAGAACCAACUACCAUUUACAGAGACAUGUCUUCAUUCAUACAGGUGAAAAACCAUUUCAGUGCAGUCAGUGCGACAUGCGUUUCAUACAGAAGUACCUGCUACAGAGGCAUGAGAAGAUUCAUACUGGUGAAAAGCCAUUUCGUUGUGAUGAAUGUGGUAUGAGGUUUAUUCAGAAGUAUCACAUGGAAAGGCACAAAAGAACUCACAGUGGAGAGAAGCCUUACCAGUGUGAAUAUUGUUUGCAGUAUUUCUCCAGGACUGAUCGUGUGCUGAAACACAAACGUAUGUGCCAUGAGAACCGCGAGAAGAAACCCAACAGAAGUGCCACCAAAGUUGGCUUUUUGCCAUCAGAGGAAGAUUCUGGUUUCUCUACGCCUCUGAAAGACAGCUCCUUGCCAAAGAAGAAAAGGCAGAAAACAGAGAAAACAAAAUCUGGGGAUAAGGAAAGUUCAGAUAAAUCAGAACACAAGAAGGACAAAAAUGACUAUUUGCCUUUGUACUCUUCUAGUACUAAAGUAAAAGAUGAAUAUAUGGUAGCGGAAUAUGCUGUUGAGAUGCCACAUUCUUCGGUUGGUGGAUCGCACUUAGAGGAAGCAAAUUCUGGAGAAAUACACCCACCUAAGCUUGUUCUCAAAAAGGUCAACAAGAGGAGUCUAAAGCAGCCACUUGAGCAAAGUCAAACCAUUUCACCUUUAUCUACAUAUGAAGACAGCAAGGUUUCCAAGUAUGCCUUCGAUCUUGUGGAUAAGCAAAGUUUACUGGACUCUGAAGGUAAUGCUGACAUUGAUCAAGUCGACACAUUACAGGAAGGGCCCAGUAAACCUGUACACAGCAGCACUAAUUAUGAUGAUGCAAUGCAGUUUUUGAAGAAAAAGAGGUAUCUACAAGCAGCUAGUAACAACAGUCGAGAAUAUGCCUUGAAUGUAAGUACCAUAGCAUCUCAACCUUCAGUAACGCAGGCAGCUGUGGCCAGUGUCAUUGAUGAAACUGCUACAGCCUCAAUACUGGACACACAGGCACUGAAUGUUGAAAUUAAAGGUAACCAUGACAAAAAUGUCAUUCCAGAUGAGGUACUGCAAACUCUUUUAGAUCAUUAUUCACACAAGGCUAAUGGACAGCAUGAGAUCUCUUUCAGCGUGGCUGACACAGAAGUGACCUCUAGUAUAUCCAUCAAUUCCGCUGAAGUAUCUGAGGUGACCCCAUCUGAGACGGUUGGAACAAGCUCUCAAGCUUCCUCAUCAGAUAAAGCUAGUAUGUUACAAGAAUAUUCAAAGUUUUUACAGCAAGCUUUGGACAGAACUAGCCAAAAUGAUGCCUAUUUGAACAACCCGAGCCUUAAUUUUGUGACUGAUAACCAGACACUUACAACCCAGCCAGCAUUUCCUUCCAUGGAGAAGGUCUACACAUCUAUACCCGUCAAUAGCUUUCGGUCGGGAAUGAACUCUCCAUUAAGAACAACUCCAGACAAGUCUCACUUUGGACUAAUGGUUGGUGAUUCUCAGCACCCUUUUCCCUUUUCAGGUGAUGAGGCAAAUCAUUCUUCUUCCUCCUCUACACAGGACUUCUUGGAUCAAGUAACUUCUCAGAAGAAAGCAGAGGCACAGUCUGUUCAUCAGGCAUAUCAAAUUAGCUCCUUUGAGCAGCCCUUUAGAGCUCAGUACCAUGGGGCAAGAGCUGGAAUAUCCUCUCAGUUUAGCACUGCCAAUGGACAGGUGAACCUUCGGGGACCAGGGACAAGUGCUGAUUUCCCAGAAUUUCCCUUGGUGAAUGUAAAUGAUAGUAGAGCUGGGAUGACUUCUUCACCUGAUGCCACAACGGGCCAGACUUUUGGCUAAGAAAUUUUUGUAAAUAAUACUGGCACUUUAGAACACAUUUGUCAAAAGGGGGUUGCUCUGUAUAAGAUGGAGUUCUGUACAGCUUUUAAGAGCGCUAUGUUAAAACAGAAGUAAGCUGAUAUUAGCAAGACCAAUAACUGCUUCUUUUUUCUUUUUUUCUUUUUUUCUUUUUUAAAAAAAUUUGUUCGUUAGCCAUCAGUCAUUGAACUGCCUGAUGUUGGUGCCCCUAUCAAAGGCAGUUUAUUAUUCACUUGUUUGAAUCCAGAAAAUAUUUUACCUUCUAUGAAAUUUCAAAAUAAACAAAAUCCCCAGGUAAGACUUUCCCCCAUGAUUGUUUCCUUGCUGGUUUUCUUGUAUGCUUUGGGAGGACAGUUUUUUGUCUGAUACUAUUCACAAUGUCAUUUCUAAGCUUGUCAGCAUAGUUGUUGCUCUUCAGCAGGGAAUCAACGUGUACUAAACACACAGAAUAAACAAGUUAGUUUUGGAAGUCAAACAAAUAUGCUUUAAAAGGAAGCAUUUCCUAGAAAAAUCUUCAGUCUCUCUCAAAAAUAAUUUUAGACCAUGUGCCCUUUAUUUCUGCUUUGCAUUACCUUGAGUUGUGUUUGGAGGGAAAGAAAAUGAAUUCUGAUAGACUAACUCUACUAUUUAAAAGUCUAAUUAAUUUAAAAUACUUUAAACACUUUUUUAAGCAAAAUGCCUAACUGCUAAAGCCUUUACUUCAUUCCAGAAGUAAUGUGUAUUUCUUUGUACAGCUGAAUCUAGAUGUAACUUUUUAAUGACUUUUUCAUAUGCAGAAACCAAGAUUUUGAAGUUUUAGUUAAAAUACUCUGUAGAUGACAUUCCCAAUUGCAAAAUGCUUACACAAACAGUGUAUUCCAAGAUUUCAAAGCUUAAUUGUACCUUACCCUACAUACUCAUAACGAUUAACAUAGAGCACUUAGCCAACUUUAUAGUUUUUGAUUUCUCAAGAAAUAAAACCAUUUUUAGGUGUUUAGUUUUGAUACGGUUGCAUCAUUUUCAUCUCAUACAGCAGCUCCAGUAAUUCUUUUCCUUAUACUUGAGAUUGGGUAUUUUUAGCUUCUGUAAAAACUGUUUUAAUUCUCUGUCUAGAAUUUUGACAAUUCCAAUUAUUAAUUUUAUUGAAGUAUCCCUGAAAGCUGAAGAAGUGGGCAUUCAAAUUCCCUAUUUUUUAUUGUUUGCUUAGUAAAAGUCACUACAGUUUUACCAACACAAACUGAUGAAUGAUGCUAGUGAACGGAAUUUCUUUUUCCAGCCUAGGAGAGUGAUCAGAAGUUUUUAUUGCAUUUCACAGUAUAAAUAAACUGCAAAGUUUAUCCCUGUACCAUGAAUAUGUUUUUUUGAAUAGUACUUUGUCUUGAAGUAUACAGUAUGGUACGAUAAGUAGUUCUGUGUGCAUUUUUAAGGUGGUAAGAUUUGAGUAGCCUAACUAUUGUGUAGUUUAAGUUAACAAGUUUCAGAUUUUUGAACUGUAUGUUCAUUCUAUUGCACCUUCCCUAAAGGGACACUGUCUGGUAGUUCAAGGCAGUUUAAGCCUCAUGUAGGCUGAUUAACCAGGGAAAAACACACACACACACAUACACACACACAUACACAUAUAGGUGGGUGUGUAUAUGGUGGGUUUUGAAAUAGGAUUUCAUCCAGGUUUUUACAGCACUGUUGCUAGCUAGUGUGUCUCAGAUAAAGCCAUCAGGUAGGAGAAAAGGUUGCAUCUCAAGGGGCUAAAAUGUAUCCUGUCUUUUAAGAAAGGACUUGAGCAGGACCUAGAACAGUUCCCACCUCUUACCAAAGCAGUAGCAAUAUUUUUCUGAAUUUUCAUUACCAGGAAACUGAUCCCACUUUGUCUUUUCCAUUAUGGGAGCACUAAUACAGAACUAACUUCACUUGGUACCGUUGAGGGAGAAAGGGCAUUUAUUAUCCAUAGCCUACUUCUUCUAUUGGCAAGAAUACAGUUUAUAUAAACUAAUUUCUUCAUACUUUUGUAUAAGAAAACAGGCUCUUUUGAUUUGUUGACCCUGUGUGUAAUACAGUAAGGCAUUUCAGCAUGCUAUGACUUACCGGUAAUUUUGUCUGAAUAUUUGGCCACGACUUGAAAAGAGUGGGCAUCAAGGGCGAAGAGUAAAUUCCUUAUGGAUUAUUAAUGAUACAUGUAAAGAAAUUUCUUUGAAAGAAUAUUUUUAAACUGA